GGCCGCCCAUGAUGGGCGCCGUCGGGCGCCCCGCCGGCAGCGCCCAGCGCCUCUGCCGCGUCUCCGUGUGGGUCUGGCAGGCCGUCAUCCACCUGCUGCAGAUGGGGCAGGGCUGGAGGUAUAUCCGAACCAUGUACCUGGGGAUCCAGAGCCAGCGGCGCAAGGAACACCAGCGGCGCUUCUACUGGGCUAUGAUGUACGAGUAUGCAGACGUCAACAUGCUGCGCCUCUUGGAGACUUUCCUGGAGAGCGCGCCCCAACUGGUGCUACAGCUCUGCAUAAUGAUCCAAAAGAAUCGUGCAGAAACAUUACCAUGUGUGUCCUCUGUGGCGUCCCUCAUGUCCCUGGCUUGGGUGCUAGCGUCCUAUCACAAGCUGCUUCGGGACUCUAGGGACGACAAGAAGAGUAUGAGCUACAGAGGGGCCCUCAUCCAUCUCUUCUGGCGCCUCUUCACCAUCUCAUCCAGAGUUAUCUCUUUUGCCCUCUUUGCUUCCAUCUUCCAGCUCUACUUUGGGAUCUUUGUAGUGGUCCACUGGUGCGCCAUGGCCUUCUGGAUCAUCCAUGGCGGGACUGACUUCUGCAUGUCUAAGUGGGAGGAGAUCCUCUUCAACAUGGUGGUAGGGAUUGUGUACAUUUUCUGCUGGUUUAAUGUCAAGGAGGGGAGGACUCGAUACCGAAUGUUUGCGUAUUACACCAUAGUGUUGACAGAGAAUGCUGCCUUGACGCUCCUUUGGUAUUUUUACAGAGAUCCUACAACUACUGACUCCUAUGCCGUGCCAGCACUGUGUUGUGUCUUUCUUAGCUUUGCUGCUGGGAUAGCUCUGAUGCUCUUCUAUUACGGGGUGCUGCAUCCCAUGGGGCCGAGAGCUAAGAUUUUUGCCAGCUCCUGUUGCGCCGAGCUGCUCUGGGGCAUCCCUUUGCCUCCGGAGGCGGAGCCCAUGGCAUCCGAAACGCCUGGGUACCAGGGGGGCCAGGCCACGCCCACCAGAGCGGUCACGGAGCAACAAGAGGAACUCACGGCUGAUACUUGCUUGCCCGUUUUCCAGGUGAGAGCAAUGGUGCCAUCUACUCCAUCUGGGCGAGCCUAUUACCCCGAAGGCCCCCUCAUUAAAAUUGACAUCCCAAGAAAGAAAUAUCCUGCCUGGGAUGCUCAUUUUGUAGACAGGCGGUUAAGAAGAACUAUCAACAUUCUCCAGUAUGUUACCCCCACCGCUGUAGGUAUUAGGUAUAGAGACGGACCUCUCUUGUAUGAAUUGCUACAAUAUGAGUCUUCACUUUAAAGCUCCUUUAAAAAAAAAAAGUAAAAGAGGGGAUCUUAUUUUUGUUUACGGUAAACACAGAUCAUGAAACAAACACAAACCUUCAGAUAAGCUUUCUUUCUGGCUGCUGUAUGUAUAAAAAAAAAAGAUAAUCUCUAUGUUUUGUAAGUAAAAACAAAAAGAAAAACUUUUCUUUUGUUUUUUACACACAAGAAACAGUAUUUCAACUUCCACACCUAUGAUCCACAGGUGGAACCACGUCAGAGUUUUAUAUCUUACACCAAGUGUAGAACAUUCUAUAGGGGAUUGGUGCUGAUUGAAAAAUAAAAACAAACAAACAAACAAACAAACCUACAACUGCCUUAUGCCCUUAGAGGUGCUGAGUUUCAUUAAGUACUGUCACCUUUCUCAUGCAAAACUCUUGGGAGAUUUUAUGCCAGGAAAAAUUUAAAAACCUAAAUACAAAACUUAAAAAAAGAAAUAAAAAAAAACAAGAAAACAACAACAAAAGAGAAACAUACAAAAGAUAUUGCUGCUCUUAUUGGAUAUAGGUGAACAAGAAAAAUAUCUAAAGAUGAGAAAGCAAAGCAAGGAAGCCCCAAAAGACCUUGAAUCUUAGAUGGUUGACAGAGACGAUCAGGGCUGUAACAGAAUUUGGCAAUGUGUUUAUAAUAUAGUUUGGUGACCACGUAUGCCAGCCAGAUCAAACCAUGUUAUAAAUGCAGCCCCCUGAUAAAAUUGUUUCCCUAGUGUCAAAGGGCCAUAUGUGACAGUCCGCUGGACUCUGUUUGCAUCAAAGUCUCAUAGUAAUACCGUACCUGAUCCCACUCAACACAGUUUUAUUCAGCGUAACUCCAUUAAUUUCAGUGGACUUACACCUGAUUCACACUGAUGGGAGUGGGCCCAGAAAAAGGCCUUCCAUCUGGAUUUCUGGAAAAUAAUUCUUCUAAAUUAUACACCAAAAUAUAAUUCGAAAGUAGAUUUUCAUAUAUCUAAUAAAAUAUUUCAGUAAUAAUAAAACUCAGCAUAGUAGCAAAAAGAAAGUCAAUUUAAAGGCACAAUACUUGAUCGGUGACUGGCAAAAUAAUUUGGCCUACUGUAUCAUUUUAAGGCUGUGAAAAGGCAUACAUGUAUUAUUUGUAAUAUUGUGUAAGGCCUGUUAUGUCUCAUUCAGCGUGAGCCUUAAAGUGAUAGUAAAGCAUUCUGUUUUGUUUUUUUGUUUUUUGUUUUUUAAAAGGGAAAAAAUUAGGAUAAAAUCUUCAAACAGUAAUAACUUGUAACUGACGCUUUUCUAAAGAUGAUUUGGUGCUUUGUAUUUUUGUUGAUGUUGUUGUUGUGAUUUAGCUGAGAAUUGUUUAACUCGGUGCAUUUGGGGAACCACUGAUAAAUGUUUUAUGUCACCCUCUGCUGUAAGUACAUGGCAAGAAAUAACACCAUAGGAAAUCGAGAGCGUAGCAAGAUCAUCACCGUUUAGCUUAAGAAGUCUCGCUGCAAGGAGAUGCUUCGACCUUCCUUGAUGGCAAAUCUUUAGAAGGAUAUCUGCUAGAGGUCUGAGACAUUUCCAGAUAAUCUUUUUGGUGCGCGAAGGUAUCCAUUUAUUUAUUUCUGUGUUGAAGUUUCUUUGUUUCGAGUUACAUCAUGGGUGGUGUAUAUGUAAUUCCAUUUUUGGUUUCAAGAGUAUUGCUCCUUAAAAAGAAUAGUCCCAUUCCGGGGCAUUUUUUCAACCCCUGUACUUCGGGGGAGGGAGGGAAACAACAACAACAACAAAAGAUAUUUUUAAGUGAAUACUGUAGUACUUUCUGUGUGUGAUUGCAAUUUUUUAUUCCAGAAAUACUGUAACUGUCUAGGGUGCAAAAUUCCCAUGCUGAUCUAUUCUGAAGAGAAUAUCAACAUGGGGAAAAGAUUUUUUUUAAUUACGAUUAUGAUUUUUUAUUUGAUGAACCCUUUUUAUUAAUUACAGUAGGUAUUUAAAGAAACUAGUACACGUUUUAUAUACCAGUUUUAAAAAGCUGAAUGCUUUCUUCACCUGAAUAUACCUGAAUGGAAACCAUUUUUUUCAGUCGGCGAUGCUAUGUGCUGGGUUCUGAGUGCCGAUCAAAUAUUUCACAGGCCUCUCUGUGGAGGGGAGGGCUUAUUACGCCAAACUACAGACUCACAGCAAAGUUUAUAAAAAGCCAAAUUGUCACAGGUACUGUAAUUCCCGGUCGCUCUAUUUCUGUUAAAUGUUUCCAGGCUCUGAUUACAACCUGGCCGAUGGCCACAUUUUCACACGAAGGGUUGGAUUCGUACUGUUUUUCCCCUCCCUAAUUAAUGGUCCGUUCUUUUGUCAGAAGAGAUUUCAUUUACCGUCUUCAUUAUUUGCGGCACAGAACCAUGUCACCGGUCAGUCAUUUUCAUUGCAUUUCUUCUCCAGUCCGUGUGACAUCUCCUGCCAAAUGAGGUAAUUUUGUGAAGUGAACUUAAUGAUUGAUAUCUGCCUUCAGGUUGCUAGCUGCAAGUUCCCACUCUUAUUGUAAGGACUGGCCACAUUAGAGAGGCAUAUGGACUGCCCAUUAUCUGUGCUAAGCCUGCCAAAUAGAAUCACAUAUCAUAGAACUGGAAGGGACCUCGAGGGGUCACCAAGUCCAGCCCCCUACUCUCACGAGAUC